CCCCGAUUCUCCUCAUCCAGAUCGCGCCGCCGCCGCCGCCGCCGCGCCCCUCCUCCACACCGCCACCGUCCCAGCUCCAGCUGCCAGCCCUCCGCGCACAUCCGGCUGCCCAGCAGCCACUCCACGCCGCCGGCCUCCACCACCGCGCCUCCCCCGAGCCCCUCUGCUUCCUCUGCGCGCCGUCCAAGGAUAACUCAAAAGAACUGACCUCGAUGGCGCUCCUCCGAGCCCUCCGCCGAGCCCUUCCGCCGCUCUACUUGCCGGCGGCGCCUCUUUCCCGGCGCGCCCCAGGUCCUCCUGCGCUCCCUCCCCAUCCUCUCUGGCUCCUGGAUCCAAUCGGGUUCCGGCCGUUCUCCGCCGUCGCGGCCACCACCACCGCCGUCGCGCGGGCGCCGGAAAUGGGCGCCAGCCUCUUCAGAGGGCUCACGGAGACCAGGUCCCCCAAGCGACGGCCUGGAUUCGUGUCCCGGCGCAAGAGGGCCAGCCUGCGACCCAAAGGUCCGCACUACUGGGUGAAGUGCAAGCCGGGGGAGCCUAUCCCUUCGAGUCAGCCGAAUGAGGGCAGCGUACAGGGGAGGAAGGAGAAGAAGCGAAUCAAGCAGCGCAAGGACUUUAUCAUGGCUGAGAAGAGGAAGCGCAAAGCACAGUAUUCUGUUGCUGUGAAGAGGAAGGAGGCGGAACGGACAGAAAGGAAGAUGGCUGCUGUGGCAAGAGACCGCGCAUGGGUGGAAAGGCUGGCAGAGCUAAAACAGAUGGAGGCAAAAAAGAGAGCUGCAAUGGCUUGAGGAGCUCCUCUCUCUGGAAACAAACGGCAAGGCAGGCGUCUAACUUGUUUCUGCUGCUGCCUUUUGUCCCUGUUUUUUUUCCUCCCCUUAUAGCCUGAAUUUGUUCUGUGUGAACAGUUGUCACAACCAUUGUGGGUGGGUGGAACUUUGGCUGGCUGUACCAAACGCAACCUUAGUAAUUCAUGUGGAAAUUAACAGAUUGUUGGCCGCUCUAA